AUGGCAUCCUCCAGCCAGCGGGUGGAGAAGCCAGGGACCCUGGAACCCCAGCCGGAGCCUGGGUCGGGCCGCGAGCUUCAGUCCUGGCGGUGCCUGGUAUUCUACCUCUGCUUCUACGGCUUCAUGGCCCAGAUGCGUCCCGGCGAGAGCUUCAUUACCCCCUACCUCCUGGGCCCUAAGAACUUCACGAAGGAGCAGGUCACCAACGAGAUCACGCCGGUGCUGUCCUACGCCUACCUGGCAGUGCUGGUGCCCACCUUCCUGCUGACGGACUACCUGCGCUACAAGCCGGUGCUGCUCCUGCAGGGCCUGAGCUAUAUCUCGGUGUGGCUGCUGCUGCUGUUCGGCCACUCCGUGCUGCACAUGCAGUUCAUGGAGUUCUUCUACAGCCUCACCAUGGCUGCCCGCAUAGCCUACUCCUCCUACAUCUUCUCCCUCGUGCGCCCCGCCCAGUACCAGCGCAUGGCCGGCUACUCCAGGUCCGCCGUGCUCCUGGGCGUCUUCACCAGCUCCGUGCUGGGCCAGCUGCUCAUCACCGCGGGCAAGGUGACCUUCCAGACGCUCAACUACAUCUCGCUGGCCUUCCUCACCUUCAGCCUGAUCCUCGCCAUGUUCCUGAAGCGCCCCAAGCGCAGCCUGUUUUUCAACCGCAGUGAGCCUGCCCACGGCGAGGCCUCGCCCUCGGAGCUGGACAAGAUGCACCCUGGCCCUGGCCAGCCCACGGGCAGGAAGCUCCCCGGGACUCUGCUGGCGGGCUGGAGGGACUGGGUCCUCGUGCGCAUGCUCCGUGAGUUAGGCGCCAGCCUGCGGCUGCCACAGCUGCGCCUCUGGUCCCUCUGGUGGGUCUUCAACUCGACCGGCUACUACCUAAUCGUCUUCUAUGUGCACAUCCUGUGGAACGUGGUCGACCCCACCAAAGACACCACCAAGGUCUACAACGGUGGCGUGGACGCCGCCUCCACUCUGCUCGGCGCCAUCACCUCCUUUGCGGCGGGCUUUGUGAAGAUCCAGUGGGCCCUGUGGGCGAAGCUGAUCAUCGGAGGCGUGACGGCGGUGCAGGCCGCGCUGAUCUUCCUCAUGUACAGCACGAGCAGCAUCUGGGUGUGCUACGUGUCCUACGUGCUCUUCCGUGGCUUCUACCAGUUCCUGGUGCCCAUCGCCAUGAGCUCUGUGCCCUGGUCUUCGGAAUCAACACGUUCCUUGCCACUGUUCUCAAGACCAUCAUCACACUCAUCGUUUCCGACAAGCGGGGCCUGGGCCUCAAGGUCCAUUCCCAGUUCCUCAUCUACUUCGGGUACUUUGUGGUGCUGUCCAUUGCCUACUUCCUGGGAGCUGUGCUGGGGACCCUGUGGCAUUUCCUGGGGAGCCACCACCAGCCGCUGCCCCUGGGCCAGGAGCUAA